AUGUUAUCGAACCGUCCGCCGCCCUCUAGGAAAUCUCCAGAUUUUCCAAGAACCCCAUCGAUUAAAACCAAAGUCUUGACAUAUUCGGAAUCAGUAGCUUCCGAACUAUCGACUUACAUUGUCAAACGGGUUUUAAGUUAUUACCAACCAUCUGAAGUCAUCGAAGUAACCACCCGGAAUUCUACACUGGCCAACGAGACUAUGAAUAACAUAAAUAGGAGCCAGCAGCCACCAGCCAGAUACCUUCGUCCCCGCCGAGUGCGGGAUUGUUUUAUUCGGACGGUCGUUAAACGCCGCUAG